CCAGUAUAAAUAAAAAUGUUGCAAGCAGUAGAUGAGGUUGAAGAGGACACUCGAGGACAGGCCGUGGCUGGUGCUGCUCCCGCCCACAUCUGGUGCCUCCACUCCACUCCAGUCUUGCUCUCCGCGCGAGUCGUCCAUGCUUCCAGCAGACUCAGUCUCGUGCGCACCCUCGCAACCAGCGGUGCCUCGUCGUUAAUUCAAACAGCGCGUUCUCAAAACAAAGGGGACAGAGGAUCGACUGCAAUCUUUCUUCAGGCCCGGAACGCCAUCGACGAGAGGAUGUGGAUUGAGGUUCUGCAGAGCCAGCAGCUCUUCUGCUCCCUCUUCGGGGCGCUCCUCGUCGGCGUGUGUGGCGUUUUGCCCCUGCUGGUCAUCCCCAUCCAAGAGGGAGCGAACCUCAAGCAUGGUGCUGCGGCUAGGACGCUGAGGAUCCUCCUGAGCUUCGCGGUCGGCGGCCUGCUCGGCGAUGUUUUCUUCCAUUUGCUGCCUGAGGCAUGGACCUCCGAACAAGUCGCCUACCUCGCCAAAAAUCCAGGGGAAUCGAUCCACCCGAAGUCGACAAUGAGCACCGGCAUGUGGGUGUUGGCGGGAAUCCUGUCGUUCACAGUGCUGGAGAUGGCCCUGCCCGACAAUGAAGACAAUCAAGAAGAGCAGGAGCACGUAGAAAAGCAAAAGCUAAAGGAAAAGAAGUGCGAGGAGCGGAAUGGAAAUUACAUUUCCAGCAUGGCGGUGCUCAGCGAGAAGCACCUCACCGAGGUCAACAACUACAAAAACAACAACCACAACAAAAACGAUCUUCAGAACAACGUCAACAAAGCUCACGAAAAAAGGGUGCAAGUGUCAGGGUAUCUCAACCUGUUGGCAAACAGCAUCGACAACUUCAUGCACGGCUUGGCCAUCGGCGGCGGCUUCCUGGUCAGCCUGAAGAUGGGCCUGCUCACCACCUUGGCCAUUCUGGUGCACGAGGUGCCGCACGAAAUCGGCGACUUUGCUAUUCUGCUCAGAUCGGGCUUCUCCAGGUGGGAGGCGGCCAGGGCACAGCUCUGCACAGCCUGCUCUGGCCUUCUUGGAGCUGCGGCCGCCAAUAUUUUCAGCAUGGCUACCUUCGCGGACCGGACGUCGUGGGUAGUUCCUUUCACGGCCGGUGGAUUUCUGCACAUCGCCAUGGUGACCGUUUUGCCGGAGCUGAUCGCCGAGCGGGACAAGUGGGAGUCGGCCAAGCAGAUGGCCAGUUUGGUCAGCGGCGUGGCGCUGAUCGCUCUGCUCACCUACACCUUCGACUGACUGCGCCGUCAUCGAUCACGAGUUGUGUGGUCCGUCGUUGCCGUGGCGCCGACUUUGUGUGUCGCGUCGGAGCCGGCAGGCGGCGUGACGAUUGUAGCAGCGAUUUCCCACUGUUAAAUUUUAAAAUAUUUUGUCAAAGGUCAUUGUUCCACUUGCCACAGCGUCAUGGUGAGUUUAAAUCCAGUCUCACUGUGGGGCAGUUCUUAUAUGUCUAUAGAUAUAUUUUUGUGCCAAUUUAAGAAAGCUGAUUCUCCCUUCGGAGCCAUUGGAAAAAUAGCUUAGUCGAUUUGAGAAUGCAGAAUUCGUCGGUAAACUUGUUUUUGAGUUUAUAAUUUGUGAAAACAUUAAUGCAGUGAUUUUGAUAAAUAGCUGUACGAAGCAAAUUGUGAUAUUGCAAUCAGUUUUGUGUGAAUGUUAUGCACCUCCUUCAAAGUCAGUAUUUUACCAGAACGAGAACAUAUAUGAGUUUUGCUGUUUCCAUAAUAUAUACUAUGCCAUAUCGUAGAACAUUAAGAGGUUUAUUAAAUUGAGUUUUAUCAUAAAA